UUAGCGCGGCCCCUCCCUCCCGCUCCGGCUCCCUUCUUAUACAGCCCGGCCCCUGCUUUUGCCUCCGCCAGUCACCCAGCACCCAACGGAGCCGUCGCGUCUCGCCAGAACCCCCGCUACACCCACGUUUAGCCAUUCAAGAUGCCUCACCAAUACCCAGCCUUGACACCUGAGCAGAAGAAGGAGCUGUCGGACAUUGCCCACCGCAUUGUGGCCAAGGGCAAAGGCAUCCUUGCCGCUGAUGAAUCCACCGGCAGCAUUGCCAAGCGCCUGCAGUCCAUCGGCGCCGAGAACACCGAAGAAAACCGUCGCUUCUACAGGCAGCUGCUCUUCACCGCUGAUGACCGGGUCAACCCUUGCAUUGGUGGAGUCAUCCUCUUCCAUGAGACCAUGUACCAGAAAGCCGAUGAUGGCCGCCAGUUCACCCAGGUCAUUAAGGACAAGGGCGGCCUUGUUGGCAUCAAGGUUGACAAAGGUGUUGUGCCUCUUGCUGGGACUAACGGAGAGACUACUACCCAGGGUCUGGAUGGCUUGUCUGAACGCUGUGCCCAGUACAAGAAGGAUGGCGCUGACUUUGCCAAGUGGCGCUGCGUCUUGAAGAUCACUCCAACCACCCCUUCCCACCUGGCCAUCAUUGAGAACGCCAAUGUGCUGGCUCGCUACGCCAGCAUCUGCCAGGCGAACGGAAUUGUCCCCAUUGUGGAACCCGAAAUCCUCCCUGACGGUGACCAUGACCUCAAGCGCUGCCAGUAUGUGACUGAAAAGGUUCUGGCUGCCGUGUACAAAGCCCUGAGCGACCACCACAUCUACCUGGAGGGGACCCUGCUCAAGCCAAACAUGGUGACCGCUGGUCACGCUUGCACCCAGAAAUACACCAAUGAGGAAAUUGCCAUGGCAACCGUCACCGCCCUGCGCCGCACUGUGCCCCCAGCAGUUACUGGUGUCACUUUCCUGUCUGGUGGCCAGAGUGAGGAAGAGGCCACCAUCAACCUGAAUGCCAUCAACAACUGCCCCCUGCACAAGCCAUGGGCCCUGACCUUCUCCUAUGGCCGUGCCCUGCAAGCUUCUGCCCUCAAGGCCUGGAGUGGCAAGAAAGAGAACCUCAAGAAUGCUCAGGAAGAAUACAUCAAGCGCGCUUUGGCCAACAGCCUUGCCUGCCAGGGCAAAUAUGUUCCAUCUGGAAAAGGCGGAGCCGCUGCCAGCGAGUCCCUCUUUGUCUCCAAUCAUGCUUAUUAAAAUCAGAGGCCUGGCUGCGCUCUUUUGUUGUUAACGUUGUGCCUGUGGUGUCUCUUGUUCUGUUUCUUGCCCUGCCCUGCUUCCUCUCUGCCAGCUUCUAUAGCAGGGAAAGGUGGACAUCUUUGCCUUGCCUUGAAAGAACCCAGAAGCCUUGGCUUCUUCCUUCUCCUUCCUUCUCCACCUCCCCACCGCCACCUCUGUAUGCCUUGUGUGUGUGUGAUGUCCCGCUUUUCCUUCUGGUGACCGACGACACUCCUGGUCCGUGGCCAUAACACCGAAAUGUCUCCGGAGCUGGGACGACGCCUGACUCGCGGACUUCUAGAAAUAAAAGAGAAUCUAUUUAAA